AUGCGUAGGUGCGUACUCGCACCGCACCAACCACCUACGCCCUACGCCGCCUCCGGUCUUCUUGACUUUGUCUUGACACCGGGCACUCCAAACCACAACAAGACUACGACUGAGCCACCUCCGACUAACCCGCCUAUCCCUGAGGAGCCGUCCGUGAAACCUGCUACGACCAACUGCACCGCUAUCAACCCCUCCGACUUCGCCCAACGCUCCCAGAACCUAGUAGCAUCCCUCCAGCGGUUGGUGGACCUUCGCAAGCAGAUUAAGCGUCGGUAUCAGACAGUCAGUGCGUCACAGAAGAAAGUCGCCGACGCUCUGCAUCGUUGGUGCCCCUUCGAACAGCAGGCGCCGCCGUUAGCAGACACAGUGCAGGUCCGGAUUAUUGUUUGUGAACCCGUUUUCCGGUCGUUUUGUCUUGCUUUUUUUCUCCCCGCGCCUACUCUAAACUGCUGUGUCACGCACAUUACCUCGCUGGCGAGCGUUGGGCCCACUUUUAAGCGCCUAUAA